AUGCUUUCAGAGACAUCACCACAAACAAGAAGUUGGCUUAAGACGAAGAUUCAAAAUAUUAAGAGAACUGGUUUACAAUUUUCUGAUGACAUUUUAAUAUCCAUACUUGUUUGUCUCAUGUCAAGAGACAAGCAUUUAAUGUUGACAUGCAAACAAGAACAUACCGAAGAAUUAAAAACUAUGGUUGAACAGAUCUUUCAUAAUGUUUUUGGCUUGAGUUGUGCAACUGUCACUUGCGAUACCUCGCAAACUCCUGCUGACUUUAUUGGCAAUCUUUUUAGUCGACCAAAAGACGAUAAUUCUUAUUCUUCAAAUAGUACUCAUAUUGGUAAUUCCAUUCAAAAUAGUGCUGAGGAGUCAUUUAAUCGUUUACAACCACAAAAGUCUUACAGAUCAUUAAUAACAACAAGUUCGACAAAUUCAUUUGAGAAAAAACCACCCCAGGAAUUUAAAGGAAUAAAACGACAAUCUAAUUUAUCUUAUAGCCCUAGUCAUCCAUAUCAUAAUACAAAUUCAUCUAUAGACUCUAGUUUUAGUGAUGACGAUGAAUUAUCAAUUAAUGAAGUUGAUGAAUAUAGCUCACGAAAGUUGAAUGGACGUUCUCGAACUCUUGAUAGUCCUAAGGAAACAAAUUUCGUUUCAUCAAACUCCCAUCCACGUAGGAGAAAUACUUAUCUCGCAUCUCCAACGUCAACUCAACCUAUUGACAUUCCACAACGUCCAACUCUUAGCAUAUAUACUGGUUCUCCACGAAAAAAUACUUAUUCUUCAAAUUAUUCACACUUAAACUCUUAUUCUCAAUCUCCAAAUACUCCAAUUGACUUUUCAAGUUCUAAGAGAACGCAUGGGAGUAUAGGUACUGGAGGUUUUGAUUCAUAUUCUCCUCAUAAUUCUUCGUCUCGAAAAUUGGCUCAAGCUGUGAUAAUUGAGAGUUUAUCUAAUGCUAAUGAAAUAAUAUUUGCAUUUUUACUGGAGAUUCUUGCACAUAAAGAAGUAGCCGAUAAAUCAACAACUUUUUAUUUGCCAAAACCAUUUCUUAUUGUAGCUUUAUUGCCAGAAACAUAUCCAAGAUAUAGUCUACCUAAUCAAUUGAUGGAUAGAUUUUUCAUAAGCUAUAUGUACGAAGGAAUAAUAGGAUUUGGAAAAUCACCAAUUGUUAAUCGACGGAAUCCAAUGAUUAAGGAAAUGGACAUUGACAAAUUAUCAAAAGAUAUGGAUAAUGUUUCGGUUCAUAAUGACAUGCAACGAUAUAUGCGAGAUAUUGUUGUUGGAUUACGAACGCAUAGAACUGUCAAAAGAGGCAUAACGGCUCGAGCUUCAACCGAUUUGGUAACAUUUGUAAAGGCGUUGGCUGCUGUAUUUCAGCGUAAUUAUGUAACACCAGAACUAGUGUUAUUUGCAAGUGAGAAAGUAUUUUCCCAUAGAAUUGUAUUACGAGAAGUGGGAGAUGAUAAAAGUACAAUGUAUGGAACAAAUUUGAGAACUUUGUUAAAAAAAGUGAGAGGCCCUACAACAUCGGGAGAUGUUAUUGCGGAUGUUUUACGAGCUGUUUAUCCUCCU